CUGCAGCCUUAUGGCCCGCGCUGUCCAAUCACUCUGCUUUAUUUGCAUGUUAUGUAAUUUGGGCGGCCUGUGUGUGUGGCUGAGGGGAGGAAAUUAAAAGCGACCGUCUGCGUCCGAUCGCUCUUUCCAGGCAGAGGAGCACUGGGUCUGCAGGCGGGAACACAGUGAGGUGUGAGGAUGAAGAUCGCAGUGAUUGGUCAGAGUCUGUUCGGCCAGGAGGUUUACAAGGAGCUGAGGAAGGACGGCCACACCAUCGUAGGAGUCUUCACCAUCCCUGACAAGGAUGGCAAGGCUGACCCACUGGCAACUGAGGCGGAGAAGGAUGGCGUUCCCGUCUUCAAGUUCCCCCGCUGGCGUGUGAAGGGCCAGGCUAUCCCGGAGGUGGUAGCUCAGUACAAGGCCACUGGAGCCGAGCUCAACGUCCUGCCCUUCUGCUCCCAGUUCAUCCCCAUGGAGGUCAUCGACCACCCCAAACACGGCUCCAUCAUCUACCACCCUUCCCUGCUGCCUCGCCACAGGGGGGCGUCCGCUAUCAACUGGACCCUGAUCCAUGGCGACAGAAAGGGCGGGUUCACAGUGUUCUGGGCUGAUGACGGACUGGACACUGGACCAAUCCUGCUGCAGAGGGAGUGUGAUGUUGACCCCAAUGACACCGUCAACACAAUCUACAAGAGAUUUCUCUUUCCAGAGGGAGUCAAAGGCACAGUGGAAGCAGUGAGGCAGAUAGCAGAGGGGAAGGCCCCGAGGAUCACACAGCCACAGGAGGGAGCCACAUACGAGUGCAUACAGAAGAAAGAUAAUUCCAAGAUUGACUGGAACCAGUCUGCUGAGGCUCUCCACAACUGGAUCCGAGGGAACGACAAAGUGCCCGGGGCCUGGGCGGAGGUCGAUGGACAGAAAGUGACUUUCUACGGUUCCAGUCUGGUGGAUAACAGCCCCACUAACGGCCAGCCCCUGGAGAUCACCGGAGCUAGCCGACCUGGCAUUGUCACCAAGGCAGGCCUGGUGCUGUUCGGCAAUGACAGCAAGGCACUGCUGGUGAAGAAUCUGCAGUUUGAGGAUGGGAAGAUGAUCGCUGCAGCGCAGUACUUCAACUCAGGGAGCAGUGCUGCUGUGGAGCUCACCGAGGAGGAGAAAACCUUCGCUGAACAGAUAAGGGCAGUGUGGCAGAGUAUUCUGACUAAUGUCACAGACAUCGAAGACUCUACUGAUUUCUUCAAGUCUGGUGCUGCUUCCAUGGAUGUGGUCAGGCUUGUGGAGGAGGUGAAGCUCCGGGCCAGUGGCUGCCAGCUGCAGAACGAGGAUGUCUACAUGAACACCACUUUCCAGGAUUUCAUCCAGAUGUGCGUCAGGAAGCUCAGAGGGGAGGACGGCGAGGAGGAACUGGUCGUCGACUAUGUGGAGAAGAACAUCAACAACAUGACCAUAAAGAUGCCUCAUCAGCUGUUCAUUAAUGGAGAGUUUGUUGAUGCGGACGGAGGAAAGACCUACAAGACCAUCAACCCCACUGACGGCAAGGCCAUCUGUGACGUGUCUCUGGCCCAGAUUAGUGAUGUGGACAGGGCGGUGGCUGCUGCUAAGGAGGCCUUUGAAGAGGGCGAGUGGGGCAAGAUGAACCCCAGAGACAGAGGCAGACUCAUCUACAGGCUGGCUGACCUGAUGGAGGAACACCAGGAGGAGCUGGCCACCAUCGAAUCCAUCGACUCCGGAGCGGUUUACACUCUGGCCCUAAAGACUCAUGUGGGCAUGUCCAUCCAAACCUUCCGCUACUUUGCCGGCUGGUGUGACAAGAUCCAAGGCAGCACCAUCCCCAUCAACCAGGCCAGGCCCAAUCGUAACCUCACCUUCACAAAGAAGGAACCAAUAGGGGUGUGUGCCAUCGUCAUUCCCUGGAACUACCCUCUGAUGAUGCUGGCCUGGAAGACAGCAGCCUGCCUGGCAGCUGGAAACACAGUAGUCCUCAAACCUGCUCAGGUGACUCCACUGACAGCACUGAAGUUCGCCGAGUUGGCAGCAAGGGCAGGACUGCCCAAAGGAGUGGUUAAUAUUCUGCCUGGAUCAGGGGCUCUGGUGGGUCAGCGUCUGUCUGAUCAUCCUGACGUCCGUAAGCUGGGCUUUACAGGUUCCACUGAAAUUGGUAAACACAUCAUGAAGAGCUGUGCAGUCAGCAACGUGAAGAAAGUUUCUCUGGAGCUCGGAGGAAAAUCCCCUCUCAUUAUCUUCGGUGACUGUGACAUGGACAAGGCUGUGCGCAUGGGCAUGAGCUCAGUGUUCUUCAACAAGGGAGAGAACUGCAUCGCAGCUGGCAGACUGUUUGUGGAAGACACCAUUCAUGACCAAUUUGUGAAAAGAGUGGUUGAGGAGAUCAAGAAAAUGAAGAUCGGUGACCCGCUGGACCGCUCCACAGACCACGGCCCUCAGAACCACAAAGCCCACCUGGACAAACUGGUGGAGUACUGUCAGACCGGCGUCAAGGAGGGAGCCACUCUGGUCUGUGGGAGCAAACAGGUGCAGCGACCAGGUUUUUUCUUUGAACCCACGUUGUUCACUGACGUACAAGACCACAUGUACAUCGCUAAAGAGGAGUCCUUCGGCCCCGUCAUGAUCAUUUCCAAGUUCAAGAGCGGUGAGGUGGACGAUGUCCUGAGGAGGGCCAACGCCACAGAGUACGGCCUGGCAUCAGGUGUUUUCACGCGGGACAUCAGCAAAGCUCUGUACGUCAGUGAAAGACUCAACGCCGGCACAGUUUUUGUCAACACCUACAAUAAGACUGACGUGGCCUCGCCUUUCGGAGGCUUCAAACAGUCCGGCUUUGGCAAAGACCUGGGACAAGACGCUCUCAACGAAUACCUGAAGACAAAGGCGGUUACCAUCGAGUAUUAAGUCAAAUCCCAGGAGGAAGAAGCAGCGAGGCAUCAGCUCCCUGUGUGUGGACACUGACAGAGGAGGGACACACAGAGGGAUGUGCAGGGUCAUGUGGAUGGUGGAGUGAUGUCAUCUGUAGUCAUAAGAGUUGUUCUCUCAUUAGCGACUAAUGGCUAUAAUACUGUAUGUGCCUUAACAUGUUAAUUGACAAUAACGUGAAUGUUCAGUCCUCUUAAUAACACGCCUCUGAGCCAUGUUGGAAGAAAUAUUGUCCUAAACUAUGCAAAUGAAGUAGCACCAGUGACUUCUGAGACUGUUUUGUAAUCAAUGUGAUGAAGUUACAAAAUCUGAAUACUGUUAAGAGAUGCAUUAAUUUCUAAUAUGGCUUACAUUAGGUCAGAAAAGCUUUGAGAAAUGUAACAUUUCUAAUCAAUGAAAACUGCUGAGCACCCCA